AUGGUCAACAGCUCAAUUGUCAAACACGUCGUUUUAAAAAAUAAUCGACCGCGUGUGUGUCUGACGCUCUCUCUCUCUCCCUCUGUGUGUCUUUGCCACACACUCUCUCUCUCCCUCUGUGUGUCUUUGCCACACACUCUCUCUCUCCCUCUGUGUGUCUUUGCCACACUCUCUCUCUCUCUCCCUCUGUGUGUCUUUGCCACACUCUCUCUCCCUCUGUGUGUCUUUGCCACACUCUCUCUCCCUCUGUGUGUCUUUGCCACACACUCUCUCUCUCUGUGUCUUUGCCACACUCUCUCUCUCUGUGUCUUUGCCACUCUCUCUCUCUCUCUCUGUGUCUUUGCCACACUCUCUCUCUCUCUCUGUCUUUGCCACUCUCUCUCUCUCUGUGUCUAUGCCACACACACUCUCUCUCUGUGUCUAUGCCACACACACUCUCUCUCUCUCUGUGUCUUUGCCACACACACUCUCUCUCUCUCUCUGUCUUUGCCACACACACACUCUCUCUCUCUCUGUCUUUGCCACACACACUCUCUCUCCCUCUCUCUCUCCCUCUGUCUUUCUCUCUCCCUCUGUCUUUCUCUCUCCCUCUGUCUUUCUCUCUCCCUCUGUCUUUCUCUCUCCCUCUGUCUUUCUCUCUCCCUCUGUCUUUCUCUCUCUUUCUCUUGCAUUUCAAUAGACACCCGGCACUCUUUCUCGUCAUAG